ACGUGGCUUCCGGUCUCUUUCUCUCUCUCACACACACACACACACCCGACAUUAUUACAACAAGGCGAUAAGGCGAGCCGAUCUGGGACGAAGAGACGACGGCACCACCGGAGUAAUAAACAGAAAUCCAACGACUAUCACCACAGAAGAAUUCCCAUCAAUACAGUCGGAAACCACCAACUUCCCCAACAGAUGAGGCAGAUGUUGUAGAGGGGGAACCACACCGCCCCCCCCCCCACCCCCCACCAGAGACAGCUUUAGGUGUGUUUCAACUGAGCCCCAGAAUGGAGCGGGUUUGAGGCAGCUUCCUCCUCAGGUGUGUCCUGAGUUGUGACACAAUUAGCUCAGGUUCUUCAGAGCCCACCCUGCUAGUAAUAUGAGCCAUGGACUCCUGGGCAGUUGAUAGUCCUGUAACCCUGGUCCUCAAGGCCCCCAACCAGAAGUAUGAAGACCAGACCAUUAACUGCUUCCUCAACUGGACUGUGGAGCGGCUGAAGAGUCACAUCACCAACGUGUACCCCAGCAAGCCGCUGUCCAAAGACCAGCGGCUGGUGUACUCAGGGAGGCUCCUUCAAGACCACCUACAGCUCAGAGAUGUGCUCAGAAAGCAGGAUGAAUACCACAUGAUGCAUCUAGUGUGUACCUCUCACAGCCCCCCAGCCUCGCCCAUGCCCCGGAGCCCCGCCAUGGCCAGCUCUUCUGCUCCUGACUCCAGUAGUUCAGACGGCGCCGGCUCCACCUCCCAUGCCAAUCAGCCAGCCUCUUCCUCUUCUGUCCCGGGAAGUCAUGACGGGCUGAGGUAUCGCGGCGGCGUCCCCCAGUACAACCCUCAGAGCCCCGCUGGUGUCCCUCAGUGGCCAGAUGGAGCCCAGGUCCCUUUGCAAGGAGACCUCCCUGCCAACAUGCCCCCCCACCCCAUGUACAUGCCCAUGCAGAUGCUGUGGUGGCAGCAGAUGUAUGCACGCCACUACUACAUGCAAUAUCAAGCAGCAGUAGCUGCCUCCCAGCCUCCCAGCACCCCCCCACCUUCCUCCCCCUCGCCCCUUCAACCCGCCCAACCCAACGAGGCCGUGCAGCCCCCGCUGGGGCCCAACCCGGCCCCCAACCCUCUGCCCGAGAACCAGCCGGCCAACCCCAACAUCCAGAUGAACGCGCAGGGCGGGGCGGUGCUGAACGACGACGAGCUCAACCGCGAUUGGCUGGACUGGUUGUACACGGUGUCCCGCGCCGGCGUGCUGCUCAGCAUCGUCUACUUCUACUCCUCCUUCAGCCGCUUCGUCAUGGUGGUCGGCGCCAUGCUGCUCGUCUACCUGCAUCAGGCUGGUUGGUUUCCCUUCAGGCCGGAGCAGCAGAAUCUCCUCCAGCCUCCUCAGGAGGCGGCGGAGAGACACCAGGACAUACAGGAAAUGGAACGCCUGAUGGAUGAGGGGAUGGACGACGACGAUGACCGGGGUGAGGAAGGAGCUGUAGGCCCCGAGGACCAGAACCAGGACCAGGCUGCUGCUGCCGCCGCCGUCGUCCCCGAGCCCAGCCUCUUUACCACCGCGUGGUCCUUCAUCAGCACCUUCUUCACCUCGCUCGUCCCAGAGGGACGGCGCCAAGCAGCCAACUAGACAGACCCCACCCCCUCUGCCCUACCUCUCAUACACCCCUCUUCCUCCUGCCAGCAGGUACCACUCGACAGAAGUAUCACAGCUCCUGUACUGUCUUAAAUACCCCCAAACCAUCUUCAGAUACCCUGAUGCGUUCAAAUACCUUUUUCCCCCCCGGACCCCCUGGUUCAACACCAGCCGGGCGGCUACAAACCUCGUACAUUCAGAACAGGCUCCUCUGGAGUUUAAGAGCAAGAUGCAUUGUGAGUUCAGCAGGAGGAUCAGAGAAUAAAGGAAAAUAAAGAAAGUUAAUCCCACGAUGUGUUAAUGGAUCAAGUGCUUCAGCAGUGAUAGUCUGUUUAUUUCUUCUUUAUUUACUUCCAUUGAUCAUGAAUUCAUUGAUACGUGGUGAUGGUGAGAGAACCUGGGGGGAGCCGUCUUCCAUUUUAAACAGUGAUGAGGUCAUGCUUUUGAAACUUAAAUGAGGAAUGUGAAGAAAAAGAAAUCAGGAUGAACGGGGAGAUGUUUCCUUAAACCAUGAAAACCCCACAACCCUAAAGACAUUUCCAUGUGUGCACAUGAUGUGCAUAAAGACAUUGCAGCUACUGAAGCACAUUGUUUUCCCACUUUGUGUAUUUGAACAUUAUUUACACAUGUAAUUAUAUGCAUCUUUAAUUCCUGGAUAUAUGCUUUUUUUUUUUUAAUAAAAAUCUUGCUGCAG